CGAACGCUGUCACGCGACUGAUGUGCGUGUGACGUGUGUGUAUCGAGCAACAAUCAGUCCGAGUGUGUGUGUGUGUGUGUGUGUGUGGUGGGGGUCGUAAUCAUGGCUGAGAAUAAUUUGGAACGAGGUGUUUAUGCAAAAGAUGCAGGCCUUCUUCGAAAGAAAGGUCGCCAGAGAAGAUCUUUAUCUGAUCUCAGUCCGUGUCAGAAGUGUGGAGCCUGGGCCUCACAUUUUCACCGCCUCUUUGUGUCGUUUAUUGGAGCGGAUUGGAUCUACCUCCUGCUCCUGGGGUUCAUCAUGGCCGUGUCCAGCUUCACUAUGGACAUCUUUGUCGAUCUCUUCACAGAGGCACACAGGUGGAUCUAUGAUCUCGCAGACAGUCAUGUCGUCUUGCAGUAUUUGGCGUGGGUCGUUUAUUCUCUCUUUCUAAUGUGUUUUGCGGCAGGAUUUGUAAACAUAGUGUCUGUUGAGGCCGCUGGGUCUGGCAUUCCUGAAACAAAGACGUCUCUGAGAGGAGUGUUACUGCAGGAAUAUUUCACCUUCAGAACAUUAGUGUCCAAACUCAUCAGCUUGACCUGUGUGCUCGGAAGUGAGCUGCCUGUGGGAAAGGAGGGUCCGUUUGUGCACAUCGGCAGUGCGUGUGCUGCUCUUCUCAGCAAAUUCAUGGCGCUCUUCAGUGGCAUUUAUAAGAAUAAGGCCAGAAACGAGGAGAUGCUGACGGUCGGAUGUGCUGUGGGAAUCGGCUGCUGCUUCUCUUCUCCUAUAGGAGGUGCUUUAUUCAGCUUGGAGGUCACAUCUAUGUUCUUCGUGGCACGAAACUACUGGCGUGGGUUUCUGUCUGCUACGUUCGGUGCUUUUAUCUUCAGACUCCUGCCGGUGUGGAACAGACAGGAAGACACAAUCGUAGCUCUUUAUGCAACGAAAUACAGGCUGGACUUUCCUUUUGACCUGAAGGAGCUUCCCAUCUUUGCUUUGAUGGGCAUCGUAUGUGGCUUCGGUGGCGCCUUCUUUGUGUAUCUGUACGGAAAGAUUUCUCUGUUUGUGAAGAAGCAGAAGGCCUCAAACAGCUUCCUCAUGAAGAAUUGUUUCUUAUAUUCAGCUUUGGUCUCUGUGCUGAUUUCAACACUCACUUUCCCUCCGGGCUUUGGGCAGUUCAUGGCCGGACGGCUCACGCAGAGGGACUCCUUGAUUUCAUUUUUUGACAAUCGCACCUGGUCCAAUAACGGCAUCGUGGCAGACUUCGAUAAAGACGAUCACCUGGCCGCCUGGAAGCACCCGGAGGCUAACGUCUUCGUCGUUCUCUCCGUCUUCGUCCUCAUGAAGUUCUGGAUGUCUGCUCUUUCCAUAACCCUUCCUAUACCAUGUGGUUCCUUCGUACCAAUUUUCGUCAUCGGCGCUGCGUUCGGCCGCCUGGUGGGUGAAGGUCUGGCCACGCUGUUACCAGACGGGUUCAACGUGGAUGGACACGUGUACCACGUGGUCCCCGGAGCGUACGCCGUUAUCGGAGCGGCGGCGCUAACGGCCGGAGUCACUCACACCGUGUCCACCGGCGUGAUCAUGAUGGAGCUGACGGGUCAGAUCGGUUACACCGUGCCCAUCCUGAUCGCCGUCAUUCUGGCCAACAUGGUCUCUCAGAGUCUUCAGCCGUCCAUCUACGACACGGUUAUCCGCAUCAAAAAACUGCCUUACCUGCCCGUGCUCAGCUGGGGCCACCGAGAGAAGUACAACGUAUUCGUGGAGGACUUUAUGAAAAAGGAAGUUUGUUAUAUCACACUGAACUCCACCUACAGAGACAUCGUCAAAAUCCUCCGUUCAGGAAACAUGAAAACCCUGCCUCUGGUGAAAUCUGCAGAGUCGAUGCUCUUGCUGGGUUCUGUCGAGCGCGGCCGCUUGUUAACUCUUUUAAUGCAGCGGCUGCAGCUUGCGAGAGGAAGUGCAUCGAACACGCCGGUCACGUGCAAGGUUCACUUCCAGACGUCCACAGAAGAGCCUGCAUCCGCUUCCGAUCCUCUGGCCUCCACUAAACCUCUGAAAUCUGCUCUGAAGAAGCCAUCAGUAGAAAAAGAAGAGAUUGCAAGUGUUUAUGAUUCUGGCCUCAACUUGAAGAAGUUCUUCUGUUCUCGUCCUGAUAUCGAGGCAAUGGAGGACGACCCAGACACAGAGGAUGAUCUGAUACUUCAAGAGAUUGAGGAGUGGGAGGAGCAACAGCUUGACGAGCAGGUGAACUUCAACAGCUGCAAGAUUGACCCCGCCCCCUUCCAGCUGGUGGAGCGCACUUCACUGCACAAGACUCACACCUUGUUUUCUGUCUUGAAUCUGGACUAUGCUUUCGUCACCAGCAUCGGACGACUGGUCGGAGUCGUUUCUCUGAAGGAGCUGCGUAAAGCCAUCGAAGGCUGCGUGCCGGCGGGCGGCGUGAGACUGCGUCCCGUCCUGUCCACCUUCAGAGACCGAGGCGUUCGAGGAACCAGAACACAAACCAUCGAGCUCCACCAGCUCCUGGACCAUCAGAUCAACUAAAACAUCAGCUGAAUAUAGAGAGAGAGAUAGAGAUAGAGAGAUUAUAUUUUAUAUAAUAUAUAUAUUUUAUAUAAUAUAUAUAUAUAUAUAUUUUAAUAUAAAAUAUUUUAUAUAAA